AUGGCUUGUGAAUCUUCAGGGUUUUUUUCUUACAAGAAUGACCGCAGUUCUUUGGAAUAUCAAUUGUCUGCUGAGAAUAAACUGGACUCUUCUGAAGAGCUGGAGCAUAAUUCAUUGCAGCAAUCAAGUCUUCGGGAUUCAUCAGAGUCAGGAAACGACACAAAGUCUGAUCAAGCAACGUCAGAUAAAGCAAAGUCAAUCAUAAGCUCCUUAAAACCAGUGGCAAAACCCACAGAGCCAGACUUUUUUGGUGACUGGUAUGCCACAGAUGACGUUCCUUCACAAACAAACUGUCCCAACAACAUUAGGAAACGUGUACCUCAGACUCAGUUUGCUGAGAUGUUUCUGCACAAUAUUCCAGUGCUUCAGUGGGCAAAGCAUUUCACUCCAGAAGAGUACCAGCGGUUGAGACACUAUGGUGGAGCACACGGCUGGGGAGGUGUUAGUGCCGAAGUGUUGAACAGCUCACUGGGAAUUUUAAAUACACCUGCAAAUCGGUUGAUGUUUGAUGACUGGGAGAAUAGCGCAAACGGAUCCAAGUGUAUUCGCUGUGCUGUGGUGGGAAACGGGGGAAUACUGAAUGGUUCAAGGAAAGGAAAGGAGAUUGAUGAACAUGACUAUGUCUUCAGAGUAAAUGGUGCGGCUCUUAAAGGGUUUGAGAAUGAUGUGGGAGCCCGGACUUCCUUCUACACAUUCUCAACCAAC